AUGGAUAAUUCUAAGUGUAAUCUGGUUUUUUAUUAUAUUAUUGAUCCUGAGUGGUAUUCAGAUGGUGAUGAGCUUACUACAAAUAUAAUUGCAUAUCAUUACUUAAUUGAAUCUAAAUCUCUUGAUCCAUCAAAAAGAACCUAUAUAUUACUUAUUCAUAAAAAAAUUAGCAAGUAUAGUAAUGACAUAUCUUUAGAAAAAUAUAAAAAAUUUAUAAAAGAAUAUUCAGGAUGUUUAUAUAUACCCACUGUUGAGCAUUUUGUUGUACAUCUUUGGCUUCGAAAUACAAAAAAUACCACAGAUGAAGCAAAGAUAGCAAAUACAGAGUAA